UGAAUACGCACCAAGCAUCAUGUCUACCUUCGCUUUCCUCCUCCUCUGCGUCCAAGCUUGCUUGGUUCAGAAUGUAUACAGCCAAUGCCGCGGUGCGCUAGCUGGGCCUCUUGGAUGGGAAGCCGGUCUGGCUGGACCCACUGGUUGUGGGUGGGGCCCUGGCAUCGCUGGUCUAGGCUGGGAAGCCGGUCUCGCUGGUCCCGCUUACGGUUUGGGUCUUGCUGCUCCAUAUGGUGCUGCCUAUGGUGGUGCCGGUGUUGGUGAUGUAGCCGUCGCUGGUGAAAUGGGCGUCGCCGGUACUACCCUGGUUGCUGGCCAUGUGCCUAUCCUUGGUGCUGUAGAGUUCGGAGGUGUUGUGCCAGCUGGUGGAGCAGUCUCCAUUGCUGGUAGCUGCGGCUGCGGCUGCAACGGUGGUUACAUUUACUGA